AUGAAGGCUUCUAUCAAUCCCUCGCCCUUCCGGGCAAGGAGGUUGUAUGGCAGAAAAUACUUCACCAUAUCGUCUACAAGAACAUCAUUGUCUACAACUCAAUUUACCGUCAUCAAAAAGAGAACAGAAAAACGCCCCUUCUCAACAAGUCCUAUAACCACUGCAGACCUUGCGUCUCCAGAAACAUCCCUCACACCCACUCAUUCAACCUACUCCCAAGCCACACCCCCAAAUCCCCAACUCUCCUCGAACCAGAAAAUCCUCGUCCUAGGAUCUGGCUGGGGCGGCUACGUCUUCUCGCGCAAAAUCAACCCAUCCAAACACAACUGCACCGUAAUCUCUCCGCGGUCCUACUUCGUCUUUACCCCUUUACUUACGGACACCGCCGCCGGAAACCUCGAUUUUUCGUCUAUCGUCGAGCCGAUGCGCGAGUUGAAAAGUAAAGUCGAUUUCAUCCAGGCUGCCGCGCGAAGCAUCGAUUUCAAGAGGAAGAGGGUGCUGUGCGAAGCGAGUAUCGUCCGAUCCGGCGUCACCGAAUCCCCCCGCGUAGAAGAGACGGAACGACAAUUCGAAGAAGGACCCGAAACUGGGCCGAUGCGCGGAAAGGAGCAUUUACGGGGCUGGGAACGCGGUCAGUUAUUCGAAAUACCGUACGACAAACUUGUCAUCGCGGUGGGGUGCACGAGUCAGACUUUUGGAACACCCGGUGUGCGGGAAAAUGCAAUGUUUUUCAAGGACAUUGGUGACUCUCGGCGAGUCAAGAGGAGGGUAAGGGAGUGUUUUGAACUAGCUGCUUUGCCGACUACGACGGCCGAAAUGCAGCGCAAUUUAUUGCAUUUUGCGAUUGUGGGUGCCGGACCGACUGGUACUGAACUCGCGGCCACCUUAAGGGACUUCGUGUCUACGAGUAUGGCUGAAUUGUACCCAGCCCUAAAGGACAAGACUCGAAUUUCGUUGUAUGACGUCGCGCCUACGGUGUUGAGUAUGUUUGAUAAAUCCUUGUCCCAGUAUGCGAUUGAGACGAUGUCCAAGGACGGAAUCGAUAUCCGGACGUCGCAUCAUAUCCAGGAGUUGAGAUGGGGUAUACCCAACGCCGAUGGGCCGCACGAGAUGGAUCCAAAGGGGUGUUUAACCCUCAAGACAAAGGAGCAGGGCGAUGUAGGUGUUGGAAUGUGUGUAUGGGCGACGGGGAAUACAAUGAAUAAAUUCGUCAAGGAAUCUCUAAACGAUAUUGAUGAGUUUCCCGUUGACAGCGCUUUACUCAAAAACCCCUCUUCCUCCCCUUCUUCUACCAACGUGAAAGACGUCAAAGGCUGGAAAAUCAAAAAAGCACCCAAAGUCGGCGCACUACUAGUCGACGGGCACUUUCGUGUCCAGCUCGAGAAUCUCGAAACCAAUCAAGUCGCGGUCCUACAGGACGUCUUCGCCAUCGGCGACAACGCAAUGCCGGAAACUGGCGCACCACCCGCCACAGCACAGGCUACAUCGCAAGAAGCGAAAUGGCUUGCGGAUAGGUUCAACCGCGGCGAUAUCGACAAGGCGCCUGGAUUCUCAUUCCGCAAUAUGGGCACAUUGGCGUAUAUCGGCAGCUCGAAUGCGCUGAUGCAGAUCCCGCAUGAGAAGAAGACCGGUACUAAUGGUGAUGAAAAGAGGCGAAAUCCGUAUCUACCAGAAGGAUUAACGGGACGCAUGGCAUGGCUGGUGUGGAAAGUGGUGUAUUUGAGUAUGAGUAUUAGUUGGCGGAACAGGUCGAAGAUUUUGGUUCGGUGGAUGCUGAAUAGGGUUUUUGGGAGUGAUGUUUCUAGAUUUUAA